GUUUUUACAAUAAUUUGAUACAGUUCUACACGGUUAUACGGCUUUAUCUUAAGUUUUAAACAUUUUAAUGAUAUCGAUAGUUGUGAAAAAAUAAUUAUAUAAUUAUCAUAAAAUAUUGAUUAUACUAACUAAAAAAUAUGUACAGUGAGAAAUGUGUGACAUAAAGAUUAAUACAAAAUAUUAUUAAAACAAUAUAAAAUAUGUAGGUACCUACUAAAUAUUUGCAACAGUGUACACCAUCAUUACAAGUGUAGUAAACCGACAGUAUUACUAAUAUUCUAAGUACAUUCUCACGAUAGGACAACAACAACAAGAAGGUUAACUACAUCAACGAUUCCAAGAACCACGUACAAUGUACGUACCUAGAGUUUGACAGCGCAAUUAAAAAACAUUUUGCAUUUACACAAUAGUGCGAAAACAACCUAUGAAAAUAAUCCGUGAGUGAGACAGUGCAAUUUAAGGACUAAGUAAACGGAUUAUGAAUAUCUGCAAAACUUAAUUAACUUUGUACCAAUAAGUGCCAAGCAUUCACUCGGGUUGUUUGUGCAAUAACAACGUCCAUCUCCGGUUCCUUUCAAAUAUCCACCUCCUGGACUCUACCGUGUACAUUUGUAUCCGUAUAGUUUUUAUAUAAAUAUAAGAUAGAAUCUAUAGUAAAAUUAGAUUUAGUACAGAGUCUGCACUACGCACACGCUGAGUCUCGGGCAGAUGCUUUUCGCUCUGUCCUCAAAUUUAUAUAUGAAAUUAAUUACUUUUUAAAUAAAUUACUUAUAACUAACUUGUGUAACUUGUCGCUCUACAACCUUCUCUCCUACAUUCACCAUCAACGUCGACGAACUCAAAAAUAUAAGCGAGCAGUGAGGGAUCACUACACGUCUUUUGGUGUCAGGUGUGGGGUCACCUGAAGGAAGAAUUUUGGUAUCCAACCCAGAAUCAAGUACAUCAGCGGACCUCGAGUUCAACCACGUUGCUGAAACCUAGGAAGGAAGGAACGACCGAAGCAAGCCAUCAACUACAUUCAACAUUUUGCAACUGCAAUCAACAGUUCAACUACAUUCAACAUUUUUAACUGCAAUCAACAGUUCCACUACAUUCAACAUUUUCAACUGCAAUCAACAGUUCAACUACACUCAACAUAGCCAAGCGGAGCAUCAACGACGAGCCAGCAGAGCCGCCAGCACGCAGAGCAGACAGGACCAGACAAAAUCGCAAUGAAUACUGCAUUGGACAAAAGGCGAAAUUUCAUGAUUACAUUUCGUACAACAUUAAAAUCACAACAACACGAACACACGAACAACGGAUAUACUUGACUAUAUACGACUCUAUUAACACGUAUUCUAUUAACAAGUUUGAUUUUCUAUAAAUAACCAUUUUUUCUUUCUAAAGUACUCGCACACGCACGUACCAUUUGAUACACCUUUCAUUUUAUAUAGUCAUAUGCAUAUAUAUAUAUAUAAUACUAAAUAUAUAUAUAUAUAUAUAUAUAUAUAUUGUUUGUUUUUAGUGAAACGCCAAUAUUCGCGAUCGUAGAUUUUGAAUUCACUCAAUUAGGAAAAGAAAAUUUAAUUUUAAUAUCUGGCGCUGUCUGUGGUCGCCACGAACCCAUAGUUACAAAACUCGAAGGGCGAGCAUUGAAACUCAAAACCCACGAACCGGUAACCACUGGCGAAUGGAAAGCUAUGGUACGCCACCUCGUGACCAUUUUUAAAGGAAAGCCAAAAAAACUAAUACCCAUACUCGCCCAAAUCUAUGAUUCCGAUCACACGUUGCGCGCCUAAAUUUAACGCGUCAAGCCAUACAGAACAUUCUACAUAAUUAUGAUGCUCUGAUUCUGUGGGAGGGCUCCACGGACGUAAAAAUACUGGAGGCUCUACAUAUCUAUUGUAGAAUGUUCACCAUGCGUGGGUGGGACACUAAUAACAACAGAGAGUUCGACCUACAACUAAUGGAUACGGACACAAAAAAAUUAAUAUGCUCCCUACAUUUAGGAAUUUUCGAAAAAAAAAGGGCGGGCUUUAAAGCUUGAGGAAGCACAUGCGCUCGUCUGCGACGGCGAUCACGGUUUUUCGGAAGCCCACGACCCUAGAACUGACGUAAUGUGGACACGUUGUUUAUUCAACAAAUUAAAAUUUCAUUACCGUGGUAUAAUCGAAAACGCGGUUACCGACUAAAAAAAAAAAAAAAACAAAUUGUAGAAUACAUUAAGUCAUACAAUUAUAUUCAUUUUAUUUUGGAGACGGGUUAUUAUUACAUUAUAAUUAUUAUUAUUAUUAUUAUUAUAUAUAUAUUAAUCGGGUUGAUUAUUCGUAUUUUUUAUUUUUUAUUUUUUUUGUUUAAUUAUUAAUGGGGACAAGAUUAUUAUUAUUAUUUAUCUUGUAUACAUAGGGAUAGGUUAUUUAUUAUAAAACUAUAUCUAACUAAUAAGAUGAAACGAUUUUCAGACUUAUGCUUCUGAAAAUACCAUUCACGUCGGGAACUUUUCGAUACAACGACGAACAACUAACACGACACUCUGGCCUAUACUACGAGAACCGGGGACCUUUGAAACUUAUUACGUCUCAAUGGGACCUAACUGCAUAUAUUAAUCUUGCUAAGUAUAAGGAACGAUUUGUUUAUAUUGACGAUAUUAUGAACCAAACUGAAACACUAUGUAUAACCAUCGCACACAACGUCGAUAACAAUUGUAAGAACUUAGUGUACACAGCUAAUACUAUAGUAAGGGAAUUACGUAAAAGAAGGGAACUAGUGAUAAAAUCCAUAGAACAUAAACUUUCCAAAAGAAGUACAACGUUAGGAACAAUAGCAAAGGCAGCCAGAUUAAUAUACGGAAUAUGUAAUCUGGAAUGUAUAAAAAGAUUUACUUUUAAUAUAGGACAAACACACGACGCGACACAAACAAAAUUCGUUAAAGAACAAAUAAAAAUAGUUAAAUUACAAACCAAGUUUGACGAAUACGAAAACUAUAAUACAACUUUUGUAUAUAACGAAUCUAUUAAUAUAUCUAGGGAACAACAAACAAAAAAUUACUUGUUAAAACACUUCGUAAUUGUAAAUUUGUUAAUAACAAAACAUAUGUUAGAAACCAAUACAUUACUCGAAAUAAUACAACAAGCAAAAAUAGGAAUAAUUCAUACCAGUUUAAUAUCUCCACGCGAACUUUUAGAGAACAUUAAAGACAUUAAAGUGUCAUUACCUGGGGGCACCGAUUUACCUACUGAUUUAGACAUACAAAAUAUUUACGAAUUAGUAAAGCUCUCAGACAUUACUAUAUACUAUGCAAAUGACAACUUAGUGUUUAUUCUUACUUUACCUCUAAUCUAUCAAAAUGAUUUUAUUUUGUAUAAUUUAAUACCUAUGCCAGUGUGCACCGAAAACGAUUGUUAUUAUAUAAAACCUAGUAAUAAGUAUCUAGCUAUAAGUAAGACGAAAGAACACUAUGCUCUUUAUGACGAAUUUUAUUACACACAUUGUAAACACGCUAGAGACUUCCUUUUGUGUCCUGAAGGUAAUCCAUUACAUCCACGUACUAGUAGACCAGCGUGCGAAGUACAAUUACUCCAAGAUCCUAUAAAAGUUCCAACAAGCUGCGAAAUCAUGCACGUACAAAUGAGUACAUCCAUCUUUCACAAAAAACGAUUCAAAAACGAGUGGAUCUACGUCACCAACUAUGACAUAGUAUUCAUUACAUGCGACGAAGAUAAAGAAUCCACCAGCCAUACACUAAGAGGUGUAGGUAUCUUAAGUUUAAACGAAACUUGUAAAGCGUACGCCGCUAGAGACGUACUCAUACCAGGGAAAGUCGAUUACAAAUCUGAAUAUAUGGAUUUCAACCCGAAAUCAGUUUUAGAACACAUAAAGGAUAUGCCGUUCACCGACAACAACAACUUAAUGGAAGAUUACCAUGUUAAAACAAAUAACAUGGAGGACCUACAUAAAGUGUCAGGGUCAAACAAACAAUUAGAAAAACAACGAAAAGUCGACAACAAAAUUGACGAGCUAAAGGACACGCAAGAACGCAACGAUUAUAUAUUAUAUGUAAUAACAAGUAGUAUUUUUAUGACGGUAAUCAUAUUAAUAAUAAAUAUGGUUAAAGAAAAAACAGUAACAAAUCACACGGAAGUAGCACAGUCACAGGAAGAAACAGAAGAACUGGACGCAAACCCAAUGAUGUCAUCAAGAGGAAUCGACAUGGUCGAGUUUCCACUCGCACCAAGAAACAGCCCUACCGGCUACCCAACACUUCGGACAUUCUUGAAUUAGCGGAAGUCAGGGACUUCCAUCUUCGAGGGGAGGAAUGUAGUAAACCGACAGUAUUACUAAUAUUCUAAGUACAUUCUCACGAUAGGACAACAACAACAAGAAAGUUAACUACAUCAACGAUUCCAAGAACCACGUACAAUGUACGUACCUAGAGUUUGACAGCGCAAUUAAAAAACAUUUUGCAUUUACACAAUAGUGUGAAAACAACCUAUGAAAAUAAUCCGUGAGUGACAGUGCAAUUUAAGGACUAAGUAAACGGAUUAUGAAUAUCUGCAAAACUUAAUUAACUUUGUACCAAUAAGUGCCAAGCAUUCACUCGGGUUGUUUGUGCAAUAACAACGUCCAUCUCCGGUUCCUUUCAAAUAUCCACCUCCUGGACUCUACCGUGUACAUUUGUAUCCGUAUAGUUUUUAUAUAAAUAUAAGAUAGAAUCUAUAGUAAAAUUAGAUUUAGUACAGAGUCUGCACUACGCACACGCUGAGUCUCGGGCAGAUGCUUUUCGCUCUGUCCUCAAAUUUAUAUAUGAAAUUAAUUACUUUUUAAAUAAAUUACUUAUAACUAACUUGUGUAACUUGUCGCUCUACAACCUUCUCUCCUACAUUCACCAUCAACGUCGACGAACUCAAGCGAGCAGUGAGGGAUCACUACACAAGUCAUAAUAUUAUGUACAAUGUACAAAUACAAAAUAAUAAAAGAAAUAGAACUUAGGUAUGAGAACAUUAUAAAAUAUGUAUGAACAAUAUUUUUAUAUGUAUGAUAUAAUAUGUUAAAUUAAUAAUUAGGUGUAUAAAUUAUAAUACAAUAUAGGUAAAAUAUGGCGCCAAAUUAUUUGUAUUAGUUAACGAGUACAUAAAAGUGAUAAGGAGAAAGGGGUUGAAUAGGCAAUCACAUACAUUUUGGAGCGCUAUGAUGCUAGCAGGUUUCUACAGAGCUUCUCGUAUUCUAAUCUAUAGUAUUUGGUUAUAUUAUAGCUAAUUGAAAUUGUUGGUAUUUUAUAUAUACCCGGUGUAGUCACUCGCACACUGCGCUUGCUCGAACAAUUGAAAUCAAAAACAUCCCUCGACUUGUUAUGUAAAACCACCAUGGGUGGGUGUCAGAAUUAUUUUUGCAUCAUCAAUUUUAAAACGUUGAUUUACCUAGAUUAAAAAUAAAAAUUAAUUUGUUAUACUUACGCUCGGUAAACUUUAAGCGUUGUACGGGUGCGUAAAACACCGAAAAUCGUGAACUUCGUAAGGCUAUACCAUAAAAACCAAUGAUUUCCCGGUAGUCGAGUUUUGGACAAGUACCUACUUAAAUUUGGCAUGCGAACUAUAAUUGAAAUAGAAAACCAGAAUAGGUUCAUUGCAGAUGACCAAGAUUUCUGUAAAAAAAGAAAGGAUUUAUCAAUAUUAUACUGUAUAGGUACUGAGUAUAAUACUAUAAUAUAUAAGUUCUAUGGAUAUCAUAGUAAAUAAUAUAUUUUAUAAUAUCUAUGGCAAUCGUCAAUUGUCGAAAUUCGUCGGCAAUCCUAAUAAUUUCAGCAAAUACUAUUGUAUGUUUGAUUUCAGUGAACAAAAAAAUAAUAAGCCACCAAUAUAAACAGAAAGUUCGUUAAACCGUAUAUAUUAUAAUUUUCAGCUCAUCGGGGUGAGAUGAUUAAAUGAAGAUGGAUGAACAUGGCAGUUUCUUCGGCGAUGGCACUCUAGCUACGUUUCACCGGAAGAGUAGAUGUUUACGAUUCUGUAUUCUGAAGCGUUUCCUCAUGGGCGUCGCAGUUCACGUUACGGAUUCCGCCGAAAGAGUCGAUAAUUAAAACUGAACUUUUGGAUCGGAUAUAUGAAGACGCGCGCUGCAUUUUCCUUGACGGAGACGCACAGCUCUGACACUAGACAAUAUUAUACACUCAAAGGGACCGCGUUUCGCCAGAAGAAUAAAUAAUUACAAAUGGUAUUCGUCAGUGAACAUUUUCAAACUGGGAAUAAUAUAUCAUAAGCAGAUUGAAAUGUGUGAACGUUUCAGUGUUUCGAAGACUAAGUUUCGUAGCAGAUUUUGAUUCCGUCACGGGGUUUACUCCGUCGUCAAACCCGUUGCCAUUCAUGGAAUUUACUUCUCAACAAGGAAAGACAAACUUCUUUGAAAGAAGACUAAGUGUACACCAAUUACCUUCAGUUGUACUCUGAAUCAUGUUUGUGAAUAAAAUUAUUUAUCAAAGACUUAUUCAUAAUAUUAUAAGAAAACUUUAUUUUUAAAUUUUAUAAUUGAAGUGAAAAGUAUUAAAAUUUUUUAUAUACUAUCAUAGUUUUCAUAUUUGUCGUAUUUAUAGUUAGAUUGUAAUAUAAAAUUUAUAAGUAUA